AUGGCUGCCGACGGCGGCGGCUGGGGCGACCUGUCGCAGCUCGCGGCCCCGCUGCUGCGCCGUCGGCCGCGGGCGGCCGCGUGGGGGGACCUCGCGUCCUUGGUCGCGCCAGCCGUGGCAGCGGGCCCUGCGGCCGCGGCCGUGGGCCCAGCGGCCGCGGGCGAGGCUGCGCCGCCGCCCAGGCGCAGGGGCAGGCCCCGCAAUGAGCCCCUGCCAUUGGUGGCGCUGGACCCGCAGGCCCAGCAGCUGCAGGUGGACCUGGACCCGCAGGCCCAGCAUCUGCAGCUCGACCCCCUGCGCGCCCAGGCGGUCGUGGCCCGCGGCGACAGUGGCCUCAUGACGAUACUGCCGCACAGGUUCGGUGGCUUCAUGUCGGUGACGUCUUUGGUUGAGAACUUGGAUGCCGCUCGGCGCUUGAGCCAACUAUGUGAUGAGGCUUCCAUGGACAUGAGCAUGGUGACAGUUGCAGCAUCUCUCUUGUCCUCCGCCAGCCAGCAUCGUUUACAAUCGAAUGCCGUACGGAACCAGCGUUGGGGCUUGGACCAGUGUAAGGCAUCGCGCUGCGUCAGGGUGCUGGGCGCGUCGACGGUAGUGAACGACAUGCUCACGCAGACGGCGCUUGAGCGCGCGAUCGUGCUCAGCGUGCCUCAGCGCUGCCUGCACCAGUACGCGGAGAUCGCAUGCUAUGACUCAGCUGAUUUCGAAGCAACUCUGAAUGGCAAGGCGUCCAUCCUCGGCUACAGAGUUGCAGUGGACGACGUGGACUCCAGGCGUGACGUGAACAAUGCGGCCAUAGCGCUGCCGAGGAGGGUGCAGGUCGCCAUCCAAGCUCCAUCGUUCACUGGCGUUUGCAAGACGAUGCAGACGAGGCUCAAGUACAGCAUGCUGGCGACGAUGGCGGACGGCGAGCUCACGAUCAUUUGCUACUCUAAGGCCCCCUGCCUUGGCUUGCUGGAGAGGGGGACUGGCGAGGCAGUGGCGCUCUCGCAGAUCAGAGCGUCUGGGGCGAGCGUUUUUUCGGACAGGUUCUUGGCCAAAGCACGGUAUGCGAUGACGGAUGGCGAGUCUACGAACGAGAAGGCAGAGCGGAUCAUAGGCCAACAACGGGGGUGGGCUCGCCACAGGGAGUGUUGCGGGAGCCACUUGAUCGCGACAGGGUACAAGAAGACAAUGGCGCUGUUGGAACCGAGCUUGCGGGGCAUGUUGAAUCACCAGCUCAGCUUCCAGAUGACAGGGGAUAUGAUGCGCUGGCAGAAGUGCAUAUACGACGACGUCGAUGAACGGUGCUUGAUCAUACAGGGUGCGUGCGACGAGGCUUCGACACUCCACAGGCAACUUGUUUUGAGAACUUUUUGCAGCACGACCGAACGUGCGAACAUGGUGAGCAAGCUCCUGCUGGCCAGCUUACCCAACGGCGACUGGAGGGACCACAAGCACGUUCACUACCACAUCACGGACGGCAACAUCGAUGAGGCCGACAGGAGCUCCAUUGUCCACGUGCUGGCGUCUGGUUUGACUACGGCAUUGGCGCCACAUGCGCCGACGCGGUACCAGGAGGCCAAGUGGUGCCGCGGGGAGGUCGCAACGGACGAGACUGCUAUCGGCGAGGCUUGCCAUCGAGUGUUUUCACACGCUUUCAGGCGAUACAUGUUGGCGCACGGGCACAAAGUCGGUCCUUUGCCCGCGGGGCGGGGUGGCACUUCAGCGCUUUAUAUGCGGGGGCGGCAGCGCCAGGCGCAGGCGGGCUUGCCAGCGAUCUGCGACGACGUCAGCGGCGACGAGGCGGACAUCCAGCCUCCCAGUGGGAAUGCAGCCGAGGAUGGCGCUAUCAAGAACGCCAGGUACAGGUCGAUUGCGUGGAGGUGGUGGUCUUGUAGUCCAUUGGGCCUCCUCGUCCUCCAGCGGAACGCCAUGGAGUGCUUGCGGUGCAUGCGUGAGUUGAAUUUCUACAUCAAUGGCCCGACCUUCGAGCGGCGCGAGACGGCGAAGGCAGCUCGCAGCAUUCAGGCGGGCUCGAUGGACUUGCUGGUGCGCGACUUCGCGCCGCUGGUGCUGGCUCGGGGUGACGUGGAGGCGCCCUGCUACGACAGACUUGAGCGGCUUUUUACAGUUGAGCUGAUGUGGACGUGCGUGCCAGAGGACUGCUACAGCGUUGAGUUUAGGGCGGUUGCCUUCCAGACGUUAUCUCGAUUGGGGUGCGCAGUUGAGUACGUCUGGCGUGCUGAGCGGCGAGGAUUCCCUUGGAUAUUGUUCCGCGUGUUGGAGCGGCCUGAGACGAAGGAGGCAGUGAGCAAGAUGUCAAAACAUUUGAUGGACCAGAUUUCCUUACAAAUCAUUUCGGACCAUCCUGAUUUGCAGGGCGACGUGUGCGACGCCAAGAUUUUCAGUUUCAUGUUGAAGUGGGCUUGCGACAACGGGCCGCAAGAACGAGCUUUCGCCAGGAUCAGGAGAACCGUUGAGUCUAAAUCGAAUCACCUUCCGCAGGUCUCAUUCCAGGACAUGUCGAACGACUGGGUGUUCAACCAAGCCCGAACGAGGGUAUCUCGCCAGCAGUUCGUUGACGAAUUGAAGCCUUGCACCCCAGAUAAGCUUGAGACUGGCGACCAGGUUCGAUCGCACUCCAAGGGGUCUGGCGGGCCGUGGAGAGCAUUUUGUAGACAGAAGUUGUUGGAGAGCAACGGCAAGGCCGACUUUGCAGCGUGGUCCGUGGAGUACUACAACUUGCCGCCCGACGAGAAGGCAAGGUUGAAGGCGAUCGGUGAAGCUGCGACUAGUGUUGCCAGGAGUGGAUCGUCAGACUUCUGCUCCUCCUUCGGUCCGACGCGAAGCGAUGCGAUGAAGUUGACGAAGCGUGCCAAGAUCUCGCAUCACGCCAUGCGAGAUAUCGAGCCCAAUCCAACUGACAUGGUCUUGCGCAAUAGGGGCGAGAACAUCCCGUCGUUGGACGAGGCGCUCAUUUCCUGCCGCGCAGUUGUCAGGGCGCGGCGGGAACAGGAUCAGAAGCAAUUGCACGAGGACAUCAAGGCAAUCCUUCACGCCCCGCGCACCGCCUGCCCAACCCAGAGGGGCGGCAAGGGCAAGUGCCAAGUUGACCAGAUGGAGCGUUGUUUGGGGGGAUUCUCUGGCAGCUUCGUGGCGGUCCCAGCGUCGGGGAAGUUGCGGGUGCUCGAGCCGAACUUUGACAUGUGUGACGAUGUCGGGCGGGCAUUGGCGUGGGCAUCGCCGAGGUACAAGUCCAGCGGCCUCUGCAGCGCAUUGGAGGCGUUCAACGAUUGGGCCCAUGACUUCAUCACCCACGCAGCGGGGCCGAAAGAACAACCUGGUCUGCGGCACGCUGAGUACCUCAAGUGUUGCGCUGCUGAGAUGUGCGUGUGCACAGGCGCGGGCAGGGACUUAUCGAAUCGGAUCGCACGCUUUUUGACAUUCUUGAGGCUCGUCACGCGCCCUGGGUCCACCGAGCGCUCGAUGGUGAAUGAUGGGAGGCUAGUGGUCAAGCUGACUGGGCGAGACCUCGGCGACGCAGACGAUGAUAUUCCUCAUGCGGAGGUAUGGUACCAUAUUGGCCUCAUGUAUUGGUCUCCAUAUCUGCCGACGUUCAUGGAAGUUGAGCCCGUGCGGUCAUUGAACGAGUUGCCGCCGAGACCCGAUCGUGUUUACAUCAAAUCUCUCCUUAAGUUCAAGUCUUGCUUCGCCGCGUUGAAGUGCUUGAUGGAGUGCCCUCGCUGGUCGGUGUCGGCCUACAUCGUGGAGUAUUCACGCAGGGCCAUCGUGAGCAUCGCGCCGCAUACGGUGCCCGUGGUGCCGCUGCGUGGGUUCCCAGCUUAUGAUAUGUGGCCGCGCCCAGGCGGCCGCGCCGCCGCCAGCGCUGCUGAGGCGCCCGAGGGGCCGUGCGAGACCGUCGGUGAGGACGUCGUGGACGACCGCGGCGACGACCAGGAGGGCGGCGGCGAGGGGGGGCACGUCGGCGGCGACAUCGACCACGCCGACAUCCAUGAGGGGGAGCUCGAGGACCUCAUCGACGCGGUCGAUGAGGCACGAGAGGGCGACGCCCCGUCCUUCGGCGGCAUGCGCGGCGCCCAGCCCGACGCCCCGCUCGACUUCGGCGCGGCCAUGCCCGCUGGCGCACGCGCAGGCAGCAUGCCGCGCGGCUCCCGAUCGAGAAGCCCACCCCGCGCGCACGGCCGCAGCGACGGGGCAUCGCAGCGCCAGCAGUUGGCGCAGCUCGCCAGGGAGAUGGACACGGACGGGGAGGGGGGGCAUUAG